AUGGCCAUACGCCACCGUCGCACCCAUAAGUCCCAGCCCAGCUGGUUCGACAAAGUCUUUCCUCCUAACCGUUCCAAGGAAGCCCGUCCAGGGCCCCCCAGCCCCGCCGCGGGCUACGCGCUCAUCGCGGCCUCGGUCGCGUUCCUGCUCGUCGGCUCCUACGCCGUCUUCUUCAGCGCGCUCGUCCCUGUGACCGGUGUUUGGCUGCUGGACGUGAUGGCGCGGGACACGCACUACAAGUACCUGGUGAUCAUACUCAUCUCGUCAGGGACGGGCUUCGUCAUCGCGAACUGGGUCGGGUGGCAGUACUACCGGAACUCGUGA